UUUAUUCCUCUGCGGUUCAAUAAACGACUACAUUGGCUGCCUGUACGGAUACAACAAGUGGCGAUCAGGACCAGCACCAAGGAUCUACAGGACUCAAGACAACAGCCGCUCAAGACUUCAGAGCAACUCGUAUGCAAUAUGCCGAAGUCAUCUGGAGAUGGAACAGCUUCUGCUCAUCCUGCACAGCUCGAGGUAGUACUUCAAACUAUGCUUCAACAGUUGCAAUUUCAGCAUGAAGAGAUGAAAAUGCUGUUCGCCUCGUUAGCGCCUACCAAGGAUGGCAUGGUGGAUAACCAGAAGCUGCUAUAUGACCAAUUGAACAAGGACGUAGAAAAGUUCGUAUAUGAUGAGGAGUCUGGAUAUACAUUUGACUACUGGUACAGAAGGUAUGGACAUAUUAUUGAAGCAUCAAGUAUUCCAGAAGAUAAAAAGAGAGAUUUUAUCUUGCUGAAACUUGAAGACAGCGCCUACCGUAAGUAUGCAGAUGAUGUUCUACCUUCACAACCGCACGAGAUCGAUUUCGCAACAACAGUGAGGAAACUUCAAAAAUUAUUUGCAUCCAAGAAAACGUUGAUACGUCGCCGAUACGAGUGUUUGAGGAUAUCAUGCCCAGCACUUACUUCGGACUACGUACCAUUCCGAGAUUAUGCGAACACGAUCAAAAGGAUGGAUGAAGAAGCUUCACUGAAGGAAAUGGAUUACACAGCACUGAAGACACUGCAGUUUGUGGCAGGACUUCAGGAUCCUUCUCUGCGAGAAGUACGUCUCAGAAUGCUUCGUCGACUCGAUACGCAAGCAGAAGACGCGCCAUUGACGAUUGAAGAUCUCGUUGCAGAAUGCGAAAAUUUCACUGCCCUGAAGAUGGAUAACGCAAAUAUGGGAACAAGCCACGAUGUUCAUGCCGUGCAGAAAAAGAAAGUGAAAUGUUUCAAAUGUGGAGGCCCACAUUACAGGAAUGUUUGUCCACUUCUCGCCAAUAUGCCAAAGAUGUCCAACCAGAUCCCGAAGAAACCCAGAAGGCAGCAUAAUCGUCGUAGGAGGAACCAGUGCAAAAACAUUGCAACUUUUGCCGCAGAGAAUGCAAGGACAUACAUCAAUGUUGAUACGGCAGAUGGAUCACCGAUGAAAAUCGAUGGAAGAUUUUCCACAGGCUUCUCCGUGAAGGACCGCACUACUGGAAAACAGUUCCGAGGAAAUGGUUAUUGCUACGUCACAGAGAGCACAAAUCUACUCGGUCUGGAAUGGUGUGUCCAACUCCCCGCUUACAAGGAGUUACAAGAGAAGUACCACUGCCGAAUGGUGAGCGAAGCGGAUACUAUCAGAAGUUCCUUAGUUGGCGACCUGAAGAAGCAGUACGCAGAAAUUUUCAAAUGCGAGCUGGGUCGAUGCAAGAAAAGGAAAGCGAAAACGCCAUGCACCUCAACUCCUGCACAGCUUUCACCAGCAGAACUGUUUCUUGGACGUCAAAUAAGAACUACGCUGACGUUACUGGAGGAAACAACCGAAGGUGGAAAAGGACCAAGAAAUGCAAAAAUGGAAACGCAAUUCAACCGUCAUCACGGAGCACGAGAAAGAUCGUACAAGAUCGGAGAACCAGUUUGGAUUCGAGACUACCGCCCUGGACACAAGCCAUGGAUUAUGGCACACGUGAAGAGUCGUGUUGGACGAGUUCUGUACGACGUUCUGACGGAACAAGGUCAACUGUGGAGAAGACAUGCGAAUCAGAUGCGGGCCAGACCAAAAGAAAAUGCCACUGAUGAGGAAAUACCAACAACUGAUGAACAUUUGUGGAGCGAAGAUCGAGAGCAUGGAUCGAAAGAAGCUCAACAUAAAGAAGAAGCGGAGACCACAGCCGAUUCUGAAAACGAUGCUUUGGAUCGUAUUGAAUCGACAGCAUUACCACGGACACCGGACAGAUGGAACCGACACCGAAACCGCCGUCCACCCGAGCGUCUUCAAGUGAAUCCAAAAAUGAAGACUUAUACUGAGACAUCAGCAUACGUACUGCAAAAGUCGGUGUUCGCCUUCAUCAUCUGUAUAGAGAAGUUCGAAGACGUGUAUAAUUGCAAGACUGAAAUCUUCUUUCAUUCUCAAUUUUAA